AUGGCGAUGAUGAUGGCUGGCCGUGUGCUGCUGGUGUGUGCCCUCUGCGUGCCGUGGUGCGGUUUAUCUGGAAUUGCGGCCGACGGUGUUGGCGGUGGCGAUGGCAGUGCGGAUGAGGACUUACUGUUGCAGUGGCGUGCUUGGCUGCGGAGGGAAUGCGCGGAGGAGGUCAGCAGGAGGACAGGAGGCAGUGGGAAUGCGUCCGCCGUCGAGGAGUGUGUGCGUCAGGCAAUGGAGAGUGUGCGUGCCGUUGUGGAUGGCCGUCGUCGUUGGAGACGUCAACGGAUUGCUGUUGUUGCUGCUUCUGCUGCUGCGGCUGCGGCUGGAAAAGGGGAUGUCAGCACGGACAAGGAUGGCCAGGCAAGGAAUAAAGAGGUUUCGCCACCCGAAAUAAAAGAUGAAAAGCCGGUGGCUUCAGGACAAGAAUCAACAGAUGCAACAAGAAGAAAGGACCAGACGACACAGGAUCCUUCAUCUGCUAUUGUGUCGCGUAAAAAACUAAUUUCCGAUCAAAAACAAGAAGAAGAUGAAGACAACGAAGAUGAAGAAGCGGAGGAAGAAGCGAAGAUACGCGAAACACCACCACCGGUAGUACUACCGCCAGCAGCA